AUGAUACCUUCGCGAUCCGACAGCGACGACGAUAAAUACGUUCCAGCUGGACUAUUAAACAGUGCAGAUAAUACGCUCGGAAGAAGUGCCGUAAAGGCCAAUGAGAUCUGCGAGUUUUACCAUCUCAACAAGCCUGUAACAGCUAAAGAUGAAAAGAUUCCGAAAGAAACAAAUGGCUUUGUCGAUUUGUCAGGAGAAAUUAAAGCAGAGCUUCCACCAAAGCCAGCUUCCAUCCCGUCAUCUCUCCCAAAGCCACCGCUUCCUACAGCUCGCCGGGUGUUAACUAUUCAACCGGGAACUCAGGCACCAAUGCUACCCACUGAUGAACCCAGAACGCAAGCACCUCCACCGAGAGCUUACGCUCCACGAGCCAUUCAAGUGCCACAGAACAUGUAUCGAUCAAUGCUUGGUCCAGUACCUCCUCCAGCUAUGCUCCCAGUCGGAAGCCCAAUGUAUCCUCAACAGCGGCCAAUUCCAUAUCAUCCGACAUAUAUGCCAGUAAAAAUGCCCCCAUCAACUAUUCUCUCCCAACAAGCAAUAAUCAAUGCAAGCAUAUACGGUAAUCCUUACAUGACUCCUAUCUCCUCACCAAUGAGCGCUAUGAGUUCAAUGUAUUCUCCGGGAAUGGUGAUGGCCCCCAAUUUACUACCAUUCAUGCAUCAUCCUAACUCGAUUCAAGCUCUCCAUUCGCCACCACACAAACCAGAAUUAGAACCAAUUAUGCCACUACCGGAAAUCAAGCCAAAAAUUUCACCAGAAACAAAAAAACGUUUGAGAGAAGAAGCUGCUGCGAAACUCAAAGCUGAAAGAAAUGCUCGGAAAGCGUUGCUGAAGGCACAAAAACUUGCAGAAAAGGCCAAGAAUACUGCUACGAAGAAAAAGAAAGAGACUGUGAUUGCCGAAUCUGGUUUAAGAAAGUUCGGAACCUUCUCGAAAGAUAUGUUUGUAAUUCGUCUCAAAGAUGUUGAUUCAUUCAGUCGUAAUAACGAAAUUUGGAGAAUCGAUAAUCAUGUAAUGAUUCAAAAAUUCUGUGGUGUUCCUUCAAUUCGAGCACCAGCAAGACAAUUCCAAUCAACAAACAGAUUGGCAGGAUACGAUGCUCGUGCUACGUGGCGCAUGUUCAUAAUCAAUCCCGAUGAUGUAGAAAUCGAAAAGUACGGAUCUGAGGUCACCAUCCACAAAUUCCCCGAGAUUACGGUACUUCGCGAAGCAAAACAGUUGGCUGAAAUGAAGGAUACAGCAUUUAAUAAAAUCGAGAAAAGCGAAUAUGAGGAGAAGAUGCAUGCGCUGAAAGUGAAACAGUAUAAUAAAGUCAAAGAAAGACUCAGGAAGAGACUUGAGCGGAAACAGAAGAAAAUGAUAAUGAAGAAGAUGCAUCAGAAAACUUCUUCAAAUCGUUCAAACCAAUUCAUUGAUGAUUCUUCUGUAUCGAAAAGUUAUUACGGACACUCAUCCAAUUAUUUGACUAACGAUGAAUAUGUGUGCCGAGAUGUUUUGAAUGGUUUGUUGGAUGCAUUGGAUGACGAAGAAUAUGAUCUGGAAGGUAGUAUAAUGUCCACUGAUGAAGGUAGCUGUUUGAGUGAUGAAGAGGAGGAUGGUGAAGACAGUGAGGAUACAGAGGAAGAAAACGAGGAUGAUGCAGAUGCUGGAAGUUUGAUUUCAAUGGACAGCUACUCAGAUGGUUUCGAGGAUUUUGUGGAAUACGUGGAUCCCAGCAACUCUUUCCCCGUAUACGAAGAAGGAGAACUACCGCCCGUUGCAUUUGAAGUGGUCAUCGACUGA